AUGGGACGGAUCCAGAUGGACGAGGAUGGGGGCUGUGAUGAACCGAUGCUUCAGGUCCACGAAGGCUCUGUCGACCGCUGGAGACCAUGUGAACGUUACUUUGGGAGAGUUGAAGGUCAAAACCUGGGGACUGAUAAUGUGUCAGUGAUCGAGGGGGAGAUGGCGACCAUCAGCUGCAGGGUGAAGAACAAUGAUGACUCAGUCAUCCAGCUCCUCAACCCCAACAGACAGACCAUCUACUUCAGAGACGUCAGACCCCUGAAGGACAGCCGGUUCCAGCUGGUGAAUUUCUCCGACAACGAACUGCGGGUGUCUCUGUCCAACGUGUCUCUCUCAGAUGAGGGACGCUAUGUGUGCCAGCUCUACACAGACCCUCCUCAGGAGGCCUACGCAGACAUCACUGUGCUGGUCCCACCAGGAAGUCCAAUCAUGGAUUCCCGAGAGGAUGUGGUCAGUGAGGGGAACGAGACAGAGCUCACCUGUACAGCCAUGGUCAGCAAGCCUGCCGCCUCCAUCAGAUGGAUGAAAGGAGAGCAGGAGCUGACAGGCGAGAUGACGGUGGAUGAGACCUAUGACAGGAUGUUCACGGUCACCAGUCGGCUGAGACUCACUGUGUCCAAGGAGGAUGACGGAGAGCCAGUCAGCUGCAUCAUCGACCACCCAGCCGUGAAGGACCUCCGGGCACAGAGAUACCUGGAAGUGCUAUAUCAACCAGAAGUGAAGAUCGUUCAGGCAUUCCCUGAAGGUUUAACGAGAGAGGGAGAGAAUCUAGAGCUGACGUGCAUAGCAAAAGGCAAACCACAGCCCCAUCAGAUCAGCUGGCUCAGAGUGGAUGAUGAUGUGCCGUCUCACACCGUGAUCACCGGCUCUGACCUCUUCAUCGAAAACCUCAACAAGUCGUACAACGGCACGUACCGCUGUGUUGCCUCCAACACCGUGGGGGAUGCCUACGAUGACUAUAUCCUCUUUGUAUAUGACUCCAGAGCUGGUGAGGGGGCGCCACAGAAGAUAGACCACGCUGUCAUCGGAGGUGUGGUUGCCGUGGUGAUGUUCGCUAUCCUCUGUGCACUCAUCGUCCUGGGGCGCUACUUCGCCAGACACAAAGGCACCUACUUCACACAUGAAGCCAAAGGGGCAGACGACGCAGCAGAUGCAGACACGGCCAUCAUUAAUGCAGAGGGGGGACACAACAACACGGAAGAGAAGAAGGAGUACUACAUCUAA